AUGACUUCACGAUGGCUUUUUGGUAUCUACUUCUCAUUGAACAUCCUCUAAUAUAUUUCUAACCUUAUGUAGGAAUCUACCAAAACUACAAAAAAGAUACUGGUGUCUUUAACUCAUGGCUCACCACCACAGCAAUCAAGUGCGGUUAUACCCAUGAUACAUUGCCUAGUCAUACCUUUGAAGAGCCUACAAUUAUCAAAGUUUCUGUAGCCUUGUUGCUGCAGCAGGCCAAAUAUCUCGCCAACCAGAAACCACCGAUCCAAGUGCCGUAUAUUGUGGUGCGGUCAGCAAGACGAGCUAUUGAAGCGCGAUGGAAAUGCCGACAAUUAUACGAUGAUAUUCUCGCAGGCAUGGAAGAUGGAAAUGCUGCGCUCAAAAAGAGCAAUGAAGGGCAUGAGUACUUCGUGAACACCAUGGAGGCCAUUUUGGAGAUAUUGGGGCCAUUUUUACAGCAGGAGGUAAUUUCUGGUGCUUCCCGCCAAGUUUCAAGCACAGAGGCCAAUAUUUUCGAGCUUUUGGAGAUGGAGGACUGUGAUGAUGAUGAGUCGUCGCCUUUGUCCAGCAGAAAUGAGUCGCCAAAGGAAAGAUUCGAGAUCUUCGAUCUUUCGCAAGCAGAAUCUGCCUCAAAUCCAUUGCAAACAUGGCGGUCAUGGAGAGUUCAGGCAUUCUAUGCCAUUGAGGAGCUUCAAGCCAUUAGACGUCAUGUGUAUUCGGUCUGGGAAGACUACCAAAACGGCAAGGUUGACAUGAUUGUUGCAUCUUUUGUCACGGAAGUUGCAUUCAAUCUCAUUGAGAGCAUUGAGCGUGAAAAGAUGUAG